AUGCCAUAUGAAUACUACUCUAAUAACCUCGUCGCUAGUCUUAACCUUAUUAAAAUGUGCCAAAAGUAUAAUGUCAAAAACUUUGUCUUCUCAUCAAGUGCAACUGUGUAUGGCAUUCCAAGGGAACUGCCAGUUACAGAGAACAGUCCAACUGGACAGGGCAUAACUAACCCAUAUGGACAGACUAAGUACAUGAUGGAACAAAUAUUAAUUGAUGUUGGAAAGGCACACCCGGACUGGAACAUAAUAUUGCUGAGGUACUUCAAUCCGGUUGGGGCUCAUCCGAGUGGAAGAAUAGGUGAAGAUCCUCGAGGCGUGCCAAAUAACCUCAUGCCUUUCGUUAGUCAGAUUGGCGAGCCAAGAACUGGGGACAUCGCUUCAGUGUACUGUGAUCCUUCCCGGGCGCUGAAAAUGCUUGACUGGAAAGCAGAGUUCGGCUUGGAAGAUAUGAGUCGUGACCUUUGGCGUUGGCAGAGUAAUAAUCCCAAUGGAUUUGCCCAAGCAUAA